AUGGACAACCAAAAGACCACUCAGUUUGAACACCAAUCAAAAAAAGACAUGUCUACCGCAUCCCUUACCCCCCAGGGAAUCAGCCUUGGAACAUUCCACCGCCUAUUAUCAUGCUACGAAGCAACCGUGUCACAAGUGCAUCGACGGAAAUCCAUACUAAAGCUCCAACCAAAGCAAUCAAAAGGAUCAAAAGGCAAAUCCAGCACGCCAGUCACCAAGAUAGACCUCAAUGCUUCGCAGGAGGCACAGGUUCGCGAGCAGACGGACAAGUUCCUCGAACUCGAUCGCUGGCGUUAUGAAUCUUUGCCUAAGACUGUCCUCGAGCGCAAAUCUGAUGGAUGGCCGGGCAUGGAAGGGGCUUUCAUCCUCAAGGAUGAGCUUAUUUCAAUCAUGGAUUGGAAGAUGUGGGUAGUCCCGAUUUCUGCAUUGAGGAUUUCGAACAACACUGACCAUCCCAGGAAACAUGGAGUCUUCCGUCCUGCACUCAUGGGAAUGAUAAAAGGUAUUCCUGAUAAAUCUGUCAAGCAAGCCACAUCAUCUGCAUUCGCCUCGCUCCCAAAUGCGGAUCCAAAUGCGCCACUUGAACCAUUUCCCAAAUCCAGUCUGGAUGCUCUCACGGCCCCGCUUCGAGGUGUCGGCCCAGCUACGGCAUCGCUGAUUCUGUCCAUUGGUACAGGAUCCGGGGACAGCGAGAUUCAGGUGCCUUUUUACAGUGAUGACGUUUAUCUCUGGCUGGUGUUGAACGAUCUCCCUGAAUCCGCGGAUCAAGAGGAGAAAUCUUCGAUUCAUAGGAAACCAAGCGGGGAGUUGAUUGCUAAAUAUAAUGUGAAUGAGUAUCGUGAUUUGUGGAAUGCUGUGCAACAGCUGCGCGCGCGUCUGAAUGCCGAAGUCGGUAACCUUGCGCCGGUGUCGCUCUUUGAUAUUGAGAAGGUUGCAUAUGUGAUUCGGAAUAUUGCUUUGUCUGGUUUCAUUGCCAGAGAUCCUGAGGUCGAGUCCACUCAGUCAAGUGGCAUGCAAAUGUCGGCAGAGAAGUCGCAAGACACUGAACCCAGCUCAAAACGCAAGCUCAGGACCGAAGUCGAGGCGAAACAAGCCCCAAGGCGAGAAAACAAACGACUCCGAAAAUGA